AUGUUGACGCAAUUCGGGGCGACAGCCGAGUCGUUGAGCAAGGCGUCCACUAUGGUGUUCCGCAUCGGCACGGACGCGCAUCUUUACGACGAUCCCGAUGACGUAAGCAUCGCGCCUCUCCUGGACAGCAAGUUCGACUCCGAGAAAUGCGAGGCCCUCAAGCGCCUACUCGCCCUCAUUGCUCAGGGUCUCGACGUCUCCAGUUACUUCCCUCAGGUUGUGAAAAAUGUGGCAUCACAGUCGCUGGAAGUUAAGAAGCUGGUGUACUUGUACUUGCUGCAUUAUGCUGAAAAGCGGCCGAAUGAGGCGUUGCUGUCCAUAAACUGUUUCCAAAAGGACUUAGGGGAUCCGAACCCUUUGGUGAGGGCAUGGGCACUUCGUACCAUGGCAGGGAUUCGCCUGCAUGUUAUUGCACAGCUCGUUUUGGUUGCUGUGGGAAAAUGUGCCAGGGAUCCAUCAGUAUAUGUCCGGAAGUGUGCUGCGACUGCAUUGCCCAAGCUACAUGAUUUGCGCCUGGAGGAACACACUGCUGCAAUUGAAGAGAUUGUUGGAAUGCUGUUGAAGGACAACUCUCCUGGAGUAGUUGGUGCUGCUGCAGCUUCUUUUUCUUCCAUAUGUCCGAAUAAUUUCUCUCUGAUUGGAAGAAAUUACAAAAGAUUGUGUGAGACUCUUCUGGAUGUGGAAGAAUGGGGUCAAAUUAUCUUGAUUGGGAUUCUUUUACGGUAUGCAAUUGCGAAACAUGGACUGGUUAGAGAAUCCUUAAUGAUGUCUUUCAACACAUUGAGGAUGGAUAACUCUAAGGAGGAUUCAGAACUUAAUAUUACUAUGAGGAACUCCAUUGAUGGUACCGACAUUGAGAUAUGUCCUGAGAUUAUAGAUGUAGUCUCUAGGAGCUACCUUGAAGGACCAGACAAAUAUUUAUCUCAAAUGGGUCAUGUAACUCGAGAAUCCAUUGGAUUGAAUGGUUCAUUUGUUGCAUCUGCCAACAAUGAUGAUGUGAAGAUAUUGUUGCAAUGUACAUUACCUUUAUUAUGGAGUUCUAACAGUGCUGUAGUGGUGGCUGCUGCUGGAGUUCACUGGAUCAUGGCGCCAAAAGAGGAUCUUAAAAAGAUAGUGAAGCCCUUGCUCUUUUUGCUGAGGUCAUCCAGCUCUUCAAAAUAUGUGGUCCUUUGCAACAUUCAGGUGUUCGCCAAAGCAGUACCAUCUUUAUUUUCCCCUUAUUUUGAAGAUUUCUUUAUCAGCUCUUCGGACUCAUAUCGAUUGAAAUCUCUGAAGCUUGAAAUACUUUCCUCUAUAGCCACAUCCUCGUCAAUGUCUUCAAUUUUACUGGAGUUUCAGGAUUAUAUUAGAGAUCCAGACAGAAAGUUUGCCGCUGAUACUGUUGCUGCAAUCGGUUUAUGUGCACAAAGAUUACCUGAUGUUUCCACAACAUGUAUGGAAGGGCUAUUGUUUCUGGCUCUUUCUGAACCUUCGAAUAAAGAUGCUGCAUCUUUUGGCGAAGAAGAAAUUGUAUUAGUUCAAGUUAUUAGGUCUCUAAUGGCAAUCAUAAAACAAGACCCCUCCAGUCACGAGAAAGUUAUCGUUCAUUUGGUUCGAAGCUUGGAUUCAAUGUGUGCACCCGCAGCACGUGCAAUGAUUGUAUGGAUGAUGGGUGAAUACUGCAACAUUGGGAGCCUCAUGUCAAAGAUGAUACCCACAGUAUUGAAGUAUCUGGCACACCGCUUUUCUUUAGAGGCGGUUGAUACAAAGUUGCAGAUUAUUAAUUCCUGUGUCAAGAUCCUAUUACAUGCCAAUGUAGAGGAUAUGUCUGAACUACGAAUAACUGUCCGGUAUGUGCUUGAACUAGCCAACUGUGACUCAAAAUAUGAUGUCCGUGAUCGUGCUCAUGUUCUGAAGAAUUUUCUAUCACAUUGUGCUGGAUUGCAUGAUUCUGAAGUAAACGACACAACAGAAUUCAAAGACCUGACAUAUGUACUUGCUCAAUACAUAUUUGGGGGACAAAUAAAAGUGCCAUCUGAACCUUUCAGUUACAGAUUUUAUCUUCCGGGGUCUCUCUCGCAGGUUGUACUUCAUGCAGCUCCAGGAUAUGAACCUCUCCCAGAACCUUGUAGUAGUGUUGAUGAUGGAAAUGGCCAUUCCCCAAGUCGUAGAGAGGGACAUAGAACUUUUGAUAGUAACAUUAGUGAUUCUGAAUCAGUGUCUGGAUCUCUGGAUGAAGAAAACACUUCUGACUACAGUGCUCAAGGUUCUGCUUCUGGUUCAAGUAAUGGUGACAGCAGCUAUGAUCGUGCAUCUGAUAGCGAUGAAAUAGAAGAAGAUGGUGCAUUAAUUCAUCUUUCAGAUGGCGCUCCUGCAUCUAGUAAUAAUAACGAAGGCUUGGUAGAUAAUAAUUCCUCUAGCUUGAUGGAUUUGGGGGAAUUAAUGCCCAAAAGAUCUUUCGAGUCAUGGUUGAAUGAAAGUCCUGGUUCAAGCCAGAAUCCAUCUGCUGUAGAUCAGGUCAACAGAUCAUUGGCUAGAAUCUCAAUUAAGGACAUCGGUCAUCUGGUUAAACCCACGUCAUAUACACUUAUAGAUCCUUCAAAUGGAAAUGGGUUAAGUGUGGAUUAUACAUUUUCAACAGAGGUGUCAAGCUCAUCUCCUCAACUGGUAUGCUUACAAGUUUCCUUUAGGAACUGUUCUGCAGAGCAUAUGUCAAAUAUAUUGCUGUCUGAAGAGGAACCUAAUCAAGCUUCUGAUUCUUCGGAAUCUGUGGUAUCAAGUGAAAGUAUUUCAGUCUCUCAUGCUGCAGUGCCAACUCUGGUACCCAUGGAUGAGAUAGGGAGUCUGGGUCCUGGUCAGACAAUGAACAGAAAACUCCAGGUUCACUUUGAACAUCAUCUGUUGCCUUUAAAGCUGGUUUUAUGGUGUAACGGCAGAAAGCAAGCUGUUAAGUUACGACCAGACAUUGGUUACUUUAUCAAACCUAUUCCAAUGAAUAUUGAAAUAUUUACAAAGAAGGAGUCUCAACUUCGAGGAAUGUUUGAGUAUAUGAGAAGCUGCACAUUUACCGAUCACAUUAGCCAGCUGAAUGUGAAAGAGGAUGGCUCAAGGACAAAAGAUAAUUUUCUAAUUAUAUGUGAGAGAUUGGCGUUGAAAAUGCUCAGCAAUGCAAAUUUUUUUCUCGUAUCCGUGGAGAUGCCUGUUUCUGCUAACGUCAAUGACGUAUCUGGUUUAUGCUUGCGGUUCAGUGCUGAGAUCUUGAGUAACUCUAUUCCUUGUCUUGUCACACUUACUCUUAAAGUUGAGCAAAAUUACAUAUCUUCACAUUUCUUGUGA